GGCAGUGAAGACUUUUUUCAGCCAGCCGGAUGUGGACAAACUUUGACAGCGACGGAUAAGAAGCAAUUCCUAAUCAAUAAACUCGGUCACGGACAGGUCCCGUCCGAUAUGCGCGAUGACUACCUAUUCUGCAAUUACUGGAUUGAAGCUCCUAAAGGAAAAAGAAUUGAAGUUAAGAUCAACGCGAUUUCACACGGCUAUGAUCACGACGGCUGCGUUUUAGGGGGUGUUGAAAUUAAGUCCAGUGCGGACCAAACGCGAACUGGCUACAGAUUCUGCUCAACCAAGGAUAAAAAUACAGUUCUUGUUUCGGCCACAAAUCGUAUGCCUGUGAUCAUGUUCAAUAGAUCCGGUGAACAGCAAAUCAUUCUAGAGUACAAAAUCGUAUCAUGA